AUGCCCAAUAUUCUCCACCUUGUCAUCCUGCUGAUGGCCUUGCUGGAGGUAACAACAGGGACUCAAGCAUCACUAUCCAAGACCACACAGUGGCCGCGACUGAAACCCACUAAGAAGCCUCCGCCUCGAGAUGGAGGUCCUCCACAGCCGCCCCCCCGCUUGGGGUCCCAUUCGAUCACCACCACUGUGAGUCCCACCGCUAUCGGCGUCACCGAGGAAGUCACGGACUCCAUGAUGGAUGCGUACUCGAUUUCCCCCACCGACAGCACCACUUACUCCAGCGAUGCGUAUUCUGCCGACUACCACACGGAGGCCAUGGUUCCUCCUGGGGCGGGCCCUGGGAACUACACGUUGGACUACAACGAGUGCUUUUUCAACUUCUGUGAGUGUUGUCCACCAGAGAGAGGUCCUCCAGGACCGGUAGGAGAAAAGGGAUUGGCGGGCGUUACGGGGGAGAAGGGGGAGAUGGGACCUUCUGGAGCUCCAGGUCAAGAUGGACUCACUGGUGCUCCAGGGUCACGUGGAGAAAGUGGAGAGAAAGGUGAUCCUGGAGUGAGUGGGCUACCUGGGAUUCCCGGUGUUACUGGGAAACAAGGAGAGAAAGGUGAAAUGGGCCUCAAAGGAGACAAAGGAGAUCCCGGUUUGCCUGGGCUGAAAGGAGACCCAGGGGACAGGGGAGAGCCCGGCUGGAAUGGAACAAAGGGAGAAGUGGGUGAGCCUGGCAUACAAGGACUGACCGGCCUCCCCGGACCAGAUGGCAUCAAGGGGGAGAAGGGUGACAAAGGAGACUGUCCAUUUGGAGAGAGAGGGCAGAAAGGCAGUAUGGGGGAGCCAGGGCCUCAAGGGCCAAAAGGAGACAUGGGUGCGCCAGGUCUGAAUGGCACAGAUGGGCUUCCUGCGCCCAAGGGGCUGAAGGGAGACCCAGGACCCCCAGGUAAACAGGGAGAGCCUGGUCCUCCAGGACCUCAUGGACCACCAGGGCAAAGGGGGAUGCCAGGGAUGAAAGGCACACGAGGCCUAAAGGGAGCACGAGGCGUUAGGGGAUUCAAAGGCCUUCCGGGCGAACCUGCCGUUCAGAAGCGCUCAGCCUUUAGCGUCGGUCUUUUUCCUAGCCGAUCAUUUCCGCCACCUGGCCUGCCUAUCAAGUUUGACAAAGUCAUUUACAAUGAGGAGGGCCACUGGGAUCCCCACGGCAGCAAGUUCAACUGCACUCACGGGGGAGUUUACGUCUUUUCCUACUACAUAACCGUGCGCAAUCGCCCCCUGCGCGCAGCCCUGGUGGUGAACGGCAUUCGUAAACUGCGAACUCGUGACUCCCUUUAUGGCCAGGACAUUGACCAGGCCUCCAACAUGGCAGUGCUUCGCCUAUCAUCUGGAGACCAGGUAUGGCUGGAGACUCUGCGGGACUGGAACGGUGUUUAUUCCAGCAGCGAGGACGACAGCACGUUCUCUGGAUUCCUGCUCUAUGCUGAUGCCACCAAGGACUGAUGGCCAGGAAUCGCACUGACCUCUGGAUAAUCCUUAGACGUAUACUUUGUUUUGUAGGGGUGAAUUGGAAGACACUUAUAUUACCUAAAUACUUGAGCCCUGAACUUAGAUUUGUGUACUAACAGUUAAUUGUACAGCCACUAAUUAUUAUUAUGCUACCUGUUUUAUCACCAGAACAACUUGAUUGUGAUUUGUUUUUAAUAAGCUGAUGAUUUCUGGCAGCUAUUUUUGUAGGUCCUAACAUAUUUAUACAACUGGCAGCUUAAGCAAUAAAAUAAAUUUUGCUUUAUUUUGGUCUUGCUUUCUUACCUAAACCUACACCAAGAUUCUGAUUUUUUGUUGUUGUUAAUUUUUUAAAUAAAUGCAAGUGUUAGUUUAGUUAAUUAUAAGUGAUAAUAAAAAAACAUUUACCAAUGAAAUGAAAUCUAUAUAUCAUUAGAGUGUUAGUAGAGUAUCAUUAGGCUGGUAGGGUUAGCAUUAGAAUAGUUCUAAAGGGAAUGAAAUGUUCAAAAGGGUUUGUUGGUCGCAGGUCGUAUUAAGGGGAUGGCCAUUCUCAUUGUAGGGACGAUUUAAUUGGACAAUGAUUUGUGUAGUGCAUAAUGAGUCAUCAUUAUGUUUGGUCAAUUUUUUUCAAGUAUUAAAUGCAUGUUUCUACUAAAAGAUGGCUUUGGUAACUAUUAAGAUAUUUCUGA